CAGUCAGUUCUUUCUCGUGUCUCUUUCAGUCGUGGAGCACCAUGCAUCGCUGAAUAUUUGCUCACUCCGCGUCGGUUUCAUUUCUUACAUUCACCCUUUGCAUGCGACUGUACCCGUGGUUUUGGCAUUCUUCGUGAUGUACAAAUACAGAGAUCUUUUUUCGGUUCUGCUGUGUCUAAUUCUCAUUGUCUUCGUUACUAUUAGUAUAUUCGCAUAUAAAACCAAAGAAUAUGGCUCUACAGUCCCCAUCAACCGGACGGAGAAUUCCCAACCUUCUGCCGUAUUGGACAUCAUUGAGCUAAAAGAACAGUUUCCUGCUCCCUCGGCGAACUCGGGAUCAACUGGAAGCAACAUCACGCAACGGGAGCUUGCAAAGGCCGAGGAAACUUGGAAGAGGAGCAUCGAGCGCAGGUUCGCUGAAAGACGGGAGUCGGUUCGCGCUCGGUGUGAGGAAGUUGGUCCCUAUAGUUACAAUGCUAAGAGAACCGCCCAAAUGUCAUUUUACUGCAGCAAAAACUACAAUAUUUUCGUGUGUGUUACUGCCAAGUCCGGCGCCACUACCUGGAAGACUCACCUUCUGCGGAUGGACGGCGUAAACGAUCAUCACAUCCGCAAUCCGCACACGGGGAAAUACGACAGUUUAAUCCGCGCCAGCAUUCAGUUUGAUGCCGACCAGCUCCAGGUGGCAGCGACAUCCCAGUCAGCCACUCGGAUCAUGACUGCCAGACACCCUCUCACGCGCCUCGUCUCUGCCUACCGCGACAAGUUUAACGACGGGCAGCGCCCUCCGGUAUCCAGAUGGGGCCAUUUAACCAAAAGACAUUGCAGGAAUUGCACUCGCCCCGACGGUACUCUGCCUUUUCCUCAGUUUCUCACACUGGUAUUAACUGAGUCGAACUCUAAAGGUGUGGCGGGAUUGGACAAGCACUAUCGCCCUUACUCCACCGUCUGUAGUCCCUGCGAAAUCCAGUAUGACUAUAUCUUUAAACAAGAGACCUUCGACGAAGACCUCCGCUACUUAACUCAGGUUCUUAAUAUCAAGGAGGUCAAAUCUGGGCUGCGGACGAACACCAAGGGAAACGCGACACAGAAUUCUAGCCACCUCGACUACUACUCGGACAUUCCUCCUGAAGUCCUGAAGCAAAUCUACAGGGUGUAUGAGAAGGAUUUCAGGAUUUUCGACUAUGAAUUUCCUGAGUUUCUUUUGAGGAAAAUGGAAGGUUAAAUGUUUGCAUCUACAUGGAUUGUGCUGAAAGGCAGCCAUUUGGAAUAUGAUUAUCCAGUUACCAUUUGUAAAAACAAAUAAAUGAUUGUGAAAUGUAUAUUUUGUAUAAGAAAACUUCACUCUGUGUCUUUUAAAUCUUAUGGAUUAAACAGUGAUCAUGAAA